AUGCCUCGUCUUUCAAUUGGUCACGUUUGCCUUCUGGUUUUGGUUUUCCAAAACCUACUGUAUACCUUGUGCAUGCGGUAUGGUCGCUCUCGCAAUGCACCGAUGUUUAUUAUUUCCUCUAUGAUGGUAACUAGCGAGGCUGUUAAAUUAUUGACGUGUCUCGUCGUCUUGCAUUCCACGGGGACGCUGAAGCACUCCUAUGCCCAAUUUCUUUGUAAUAUAUGGGACUCGAUAAAAUCCUGCCUGCCGGCCUUGAUUUACCUCGUCCAGAACCGACUGCUUGUAGCUGCGCUUGGUAACUUAGAUGCUGCAACGUUCCAGGUUGCCUACCAGCUGAAGUUGCUCACCACUGCUUUGUUCAGUGUACUUAUUCUCCGAAAACCUAUUAGUCUCAUCCAGUGGUUUUCACUACUCCUACUGUUUUUUGGAGUCGCAAUAGUAGAACCACCUUCGGGGUCGAAAGAAAACCCUAUGAGCGUGUCACAAAAUCCAUCAUUAGGCUUGUUCUACGUCGUGUGCGCGUCUUUGCUCUCAGGAUUUGCCUGCGUCUAUCUUGAAUUGUUGUUUAAAAAUCCACAUAAGUCGCUAUGGCUUCGAAACAUCGAGGUUGCUGGAACAUCUUUGGUGACAGGGGCUAUUGUCCAGUGGAUAUCAGACGGUGAUCUUAUCAAAGAAAAGGGCUAUUUCUAUGGUUUUGAUUGGCUUGUAUGGAUUCUGGUGGGUCUGCAUUCUUUCGGCGGUCUCAUAGUUGCUAUGGUGGUCAAGUAUGCAAACAACAUGCUCAAGGGUUUUGCGUGCUCCAUGUCGAUCGUUCUAUCCUGUAUCUACUCCGUUCUCUUCCUCGGCGUUCAUUUGAGUCCGAGCUUUUUGAUUGGAGCGUGCCUUGUCCUGAUCUCCGUCGUGCUCUAUGCUGCCUAUCCUCCCAGGAUAUCCUGUUCUCCCACGGUGGUAAAGCGCAAUCAGGCGACACGGCCCGAGAUGAUUCAGUGGUUGGAGCGCGAAUUUACUGACCGGAAGUUACGUGGUUCCGAACCUGACCCCCCCUCGUGA